AUGUCCGACGAACCAAAGCCAGAGCCAGCCGACAGCACCCACAUCAACUUGAAGGUCACCGACGGUAACUCUGAGGUCUACUUCAAAAUCAAGAAGGUCACGCAAUUGAAAAGACUCAUGGAAGCCUUCUGCAAGAGACAGGGACGCCAGCCAAACAGCUUGCGGUUUCUCUACGAGGGCCAGAGAGUUGAGCCGGAAGACACACCAGAGAGCUUGGACAUGGACGAGGGUGACGUUAUCGAGGCCCACAGAGAGCAAGUCGGAGGUAGCUGUUGA